GAUGUCCAGUAGACCAGAUACCCCCCGGUCUGAUGAACCCGGGAACUCUGAGCCCCACGUCUGCCGACAUCAUGUACGGCGAAUACGUCACCAUCACGUGCGAUAGGCCGGGGUUCGAACCUUCCCCGGUGUUCACAAGGAGGAGACAGUGUACCUAUCUAGACCAGGAGUACAAGCUGGAUGGGUCCGUGCAGGACUACGAGUGUGAUUACGUGACGUGUGGAGAACCGCCUCAGGAGGCAGGCAGCCGGUACACACAGCGCGGAGGGAACCGGUUCGGAUCCACGUUUGUGUUUGAGUGUGACACAGACUUUGAGCUAACGGGGAGCAGCGAGGUGGCGCGGAACAGUACGGUCACUUGUCUUAGAACUGGACAGUGGGACUUUGGUGAUUUGUCCUGUACAG